AUGCCCAAGAAGCAAUGCCAAGUACAAACUAAACCACAGGUGAAGUCGAAGAGGGGACCUGUGAAUAAAUUCAGGAAUUUUUUAAUCAAUGAGAUAGGCCCAUUAACUUCAAGGUCAAUUUCUGAUACUUUGCUUGAAGAAAAUGAAGCAGGUAUUGAGAACGACCUAGAGCUGAUCAUCAAUAUGGUAAAGCUCCCGAUAAAGUUAGAGAAGUUCUUUUUAUUUUCGCUUCUUGCCUCUUUGGACUGCUUCAUGUACUACUUCACCAUUGUUCCCCUAAGGUUAGUUCAUGGAUUAACUAAGAGAGAUAGAUACCAAAAGGUUAUUAAAGAGGUUAAGAUGCUUUCCCUGAUACUUGUCUCAAGUUUUGUUUUAUUGCAUUUGGAUACUUCGAGAGUAUAUCAUAAGAUCAAAGGGCAGAGUGCAGUCAAGUUGUAUAUGAUGUUCCAAGUAUUGGAAAUGUGUGACAAAAUGCUAUCAAGUUUUGGGCAAAACUUGUUUUCUACUGUAAUUAUAUCUAAAACCACCAGAAAGCACACUAUUAGGGAAAUUUGUUUAUUUGUGGCAACUUUAGGCUAUCUAAUUGCACACGUUUUUAUUUUAAUUUACCAGACCAUAGCUUUGAAUGUUGCUGUUAAUUCUUACUCCAAUUCUCUUCUAACGCUUAUUUUAUCGAUGCAGUUUGCAGAGUUAAAAGCAUCUGUGUUUAAGAGAUUUGAUAAAGAGGGUUUGUUUCAGUUAGCCAUUGCAGACAUUGUUGAACGGUUUCAAUUAUUGACGUUUUUGACGAUUAUUGCAUUGAGAAAUAUUGUUGCUACUGGUAAAUCUAUCUCACAUAUUAUUCCGAACUCCUGGAGGUUACCCUCUACGUCUUCCAUUAUUACUGGGGUUCUUUACGGGCCUGUUGUUACUGUUAUUGGGAGCGAGAUAUUAGUGGAUUGGAUAAAACAUGGGUAUGUGACAAAGUUUAAUUGCAUAAGACCACACCUGUAUGAUAGAUUUUUACAAAUAUUAUACCAUGAUCACCAAAAUAAUCUAAGAGAGUUUCAAUUGAGGAUUGGACUACCAAUACCUGCCCUUGUUGUUCUUUUUAUUGUUCUUGUAAGCCCUACUAUUUCACAAGGUCUAAUUUCGGCUAGCACGUCCAGCAUGAAUACUGUUGCAAUACUUGUACUUGGUUUCCUCUGUCUAGUUUUGGCAAAAUUCAUAUUGCAGGCAAUAUUGCUAAAAUGGGUUAAAGCAUCUCAACCUUUGUACCAGCUUAACACUGAUAUUUAUGUGCCAGGUAGUUUAUCGUCUGGUAUAGGCAAAGUUGACGAGCAAAUGCGUUCAACAAUGCACUCUAAAAGGUUCUCACCUUCAUCUUCAGAGUCCACCGAAGAAGUCAAAAAGGCCCCUCCAAAUCCAAGUGAAUUGAGAUUAAAAAAAGAUGUAAAGCAUCCACAUUCACUAGAAUCAGUCGGACGUUUCAAAAUGGUUUCCAAAAGAAUUUGGUAA